AUGUAUGAGGCAUAUUUAAACGGACCUCAUCCAGUCUAUUUAAAGACCAAGGGAACAAUAAACCCUGACGAGCAGAACGGGCCGGGGGAAGGAAGAGAGCGAUUACAAUGGCUGCACAACAAAGCCUGGAAAAGGGGAGUUAAAGACACUUUUCCCGAGUGGCACAAGCCGAGCGGCGCGGUCCGCACACACCGCCGGGGCACCCCCGCUCCGCUCCCGGCCAUUCCCAGCCUGGAGCCCCGUCCUGCCGGACCCCAGUCCCUGCCCCGACAGCCUCCCCCUUUCCAGCCACCUCACCCCCCGGGGCACGGGCACUCCCGCUCUCCCCCCGCGCCAGCGCAGCCCCCGGCAGGGCACCCCGACCGCAAGGGGGGCACCCCCUUCCUCCCUCCCAGCAAGCGGGGUCUGCCCCACCGCAACACCCCUCGCACCGCAGUUACCCCCCGCAGAGCGCAGCCGGGACACCCCGCUCCGUCCCGCACGCAGGGAGCCCUCGCCGCCCGCAGCGCUGCCCCUCCACGGCCGGGGCAGCCCCCGCGGCGACCCGCACCCACCGCGCACCGCUCGCCGAGCGCGGCCCCGCUCUCCCCGCGGAGGCCCCGCAGGACGCAGCCACCCCGGGACCCCGCGCGGGGCAGAGCCCGGGGAGGUGUUCCCGCCGAGCGCCCUCACCUGCGGGAGCGGCCCCGGCCCGGCCCGGCCCCGGCGCGGGCCCCGCUCCGGAGCGUCCCCGAAGUGGCGCGCGCGGCCCCGCUCCCCGCGCCCGCCCCGCCCGGCCUCGCGUCACCGGCGCGGCGGGGCCCGCGCACCGCGCGUGCGCGCGCGGCGGGGGCGGGGCCGCGGGGGCGAGGAGGCGGGGCUGUUGAAGAGGGGGCGGAGCCUCCGUGA